AUGAGUGAGACCUCCGUCUGCAUUCCCGUGCAGGCAAUCUCCUCGAUGCUGGAGAGUAACGCAAUUGAGCUGCCUGGCAGCCCAAGCGGCGGCGAAGCUCGCCUGCUGCGGAAAGCCAGCCUAAAGGCCUGGAAAGGCAGGUUGCAGCGGAAGGAGAUGAUCAAAUUGUAUCUGGCAGCGCUGCACCCACAGAGAGUCCCUCAGAGGCAGACAGGGCGGCCGCGUGAGGCAAUUGAGCUGUUCCAAGCUGCGCUGGAGCUGCCAGGGAAUGGGUUCAUGCGGUUUGCAGGCACUGUGCGCGAGUACAGGUGUCCCAGCGAAGGAGAGGAGCAGGCAGCUCUGUACAACAUGGCGUGCGCCUACGCAGCAUUGAGGCAAAGAGACAGCGCGCUGGCGUGCUUGGAGGGUGCCUUUGAGGCGGGGCUGUCAGAUUUUGCGGCAGUGCGCAGCGAUCCGGAUCUCAGCGCUGUCAGAGGGCAGGAUCUGGACAAACUGCUCUCCAAGUAUGACAACCUUCUGGCCAAGCUUUUCAAGAAGAAGGAAGACGACGAAAACAAGCCCUGGCUGGGCUGGUAG